UUGCGAAUGUUCAUUAUCUGGUAUAGUAAUCAACUCUAUAAUGAAUAUGUUUCUAUGCAAACUCUAUAACAAUACCUUUCUAAAUAUAACGAUGACAAACAAGUUCUGUACAGAACCUUUUCUAUAAAUAGCUAUGCCAUCACCUCUAUAUUCAAUCCUCCAAUGAGAACACGACCUCUAUAAAUUUACUGUUUUCAAAAGUCCCCUCUAUAAGGCCUCAUUAGUAACUACCGUACGUCAUCACCUCUAUAUCCAAUCCACCAAUGAAAUCACCACCUCUCUAAAAAUACCCUCUAGGAGACCCCAAUAGUUACGUAAUCGCUCUAAAACCUCACCUCUAAAAGUAACUAUAUGCAGCAAAGCGAUGAAGUGGGGGAGUUUCCUCGGGAGGCUACGGGAGAACCGGCGUCGUGGGACGGUGAUGAGAGAAAUUCAUACUAAGCAAAGGUGAAACCGGCUAAGUUAAAAAAUCUUUAAACUAUCCAGCCGACAACCUCAUCACAACCACGGAUAUCGUCCGGAAAGUAGAGGACAUCGCCCGAGGGGAGAAAAUGGCUUUUCGCAUGAAUAUUUCUGUGGGAUUUAUCCUACGGCACAUCGAAACGGGGGAGUACCGAUAUUUCAUUCCGGACAGGAAUGAAACUCUCUUUCCCAGCCCAAUUCUCGUCAGUAGUAUAAGCGAUGUGGGAAAGAAAAUCAAAUCUCAAAUGGACUAUAUAAAUCUUUUUAAACAUUUGAUGCGGCAAAGGCCGGACAGCAAGUGGAGGAUUGACAAAAUUACAAACAUAAAUAUCGUUCUUUUUAGGACGAGAUAUAUUUUGAAUUGAUGGCGACUAAACCCUCUUGUAUAUGUGUGUAAAAAGGUUUUUUUUUAAUUUUUGUGUAUAGCUUGUUCAUAACCAAUGCCUUUGACGUGGACACUGUCCGGCUAGCGCUUCACGCUUGAGCAACACGCGGGGGACUCUGUGUAUAUGCACAUUGAAGUCCCGUGGCUGACCAGCUGCAGACCCCAUACUCUCAUUUGUUCGGAGGACACCAUGAUGAAGACAGUGUUGAUAGUGUUUUCGUACUUGAGUUGCAUUGCAUCUUGCUGUCAAAGAAGGGACGACGCGAUGGUGUGUCAAGAACUCCCUUCUUCUCCACGUCUUGAAGGUGUGAAGGUCCUGACGAAGCAGUUAAACCUCAGGGCCUACGACAUGGAGAAAGUCAUGGUGCAGUUUUCCGACCUGCAGUGUGACGAGACUUUGCCCAGACCAGGCACCAAAGUCUUCUUUGGGGACAGGUUAUGUACACAUGCUUCAACUGCCCGACAGAAGAGUUACCCCUCUACGACAACAGCCAUGAUGGAGACGGCAGCCAUUGGGUUUAACACUCCCUGGAUCAUAGUCACAGAAAUAUCGUCCCUUGCCAUCUCCUGCAUUGCGAUUUGUGUGUGUGUCGUCAUCGUGCGCAAGCAAUGUGCCAGGAAAAAAAAGCCUUCACAGACUUUCAGCAGCGAUGAAGGAUAUUUCUGUGUCUGAGGUUGGAUAUGAAAAUGUUAAGCUAGACUAACUACAGUUUUCUUUUGUACAUAGUGCUUUUCGUAUUCUGGAAGUGUCUUACAUGUUGCCGUCGACCAACCGUGACAGUCCCCGCGUCAGUCCAGAUCCCCGCACACCAUCAAAGGGAGCCGACACCCGUCCCCGUUCU